CUCGAGCGGGGCCCGGGGGGAUCGUGGCGGGUCGGCGCGGCGCUGCCCCCCCGUGCCGGGGCGCCGCGGGCCGCGCCAUGCAAGGCGGAAUGGUGCCCGCAGUGGUGGCUCCCCCCGAGAAGAAGAUGAAGUGGACGCCCGGCGGACCCCCGGCCGACGGCAUGCCCGAGGGGGAGGUGCGCUUCGAGCAGGCGGUCUCCGUGCACGCGGCCGUCGCGCUGAGUGGCACCAGCUUGGGUGGCUCCACCAUCACCGUGAUCCCAGAUGCGACGUCCAAGGACGGCACGAAGAUCACGGUGCGGGGUUUCGGGCCGCGGGUGGCGUGGCAGGAGCUGAAGGACCACUUCAAGUCCUGCGGCGCCAUCGCCCAUGCGGACGUCAAGGGCCAGGGCGCCGGCCACCGGCGGGGCGCGUACCCGAGCGUGGGGCAGGUCCGCAUGGCCACGGCACAGGAGGCCGAGAAGGCCAUGCAGCUGCUGAACGGUAGCCAACUGAUGGGCUCGACCAUCGAGGUCAAGUUGCACAGCGGUUCCAAGGAUGCCACCAAGCUGCAGAUCUCUGGCAUCCCUCCGGGCGCUGCCUGGCAGGAGCUCAAGGAUCAUUUUGCAUCUUGCGGCACUGUGGCCCACGCCGAGACCACGCCGAUCAUGCCAGGACACCAGAUCACUGGCGAGGUGCGCUUCGAGGAUCCUCAGCAUGCGCAACUGGCGCUGAAGACGCUGAAUGGCAGCCAGCUCGGGACUUCGCAGAUCUUCAUCUCGCUGGACCAGUGGUCCACGGACAAGACCAAACUGCUCAUCACGGGCAUCGCGCCCGGUACCGACUGGCAGGAGCUUAAGGACCAUUUCGCCUCCAUGGGGACCAUCGCGUACGCCGACGUCCACAAGCUGGGCGGAAAGAAGGGCGGCGGCAAGGGCUGGGACGCUUGGGGCGCCCAGGGAGGCUGCAGAGGCGCUGUGUUUGGCGGCUGCGGUGGCGCCGUUUUCGGCGGAGGCAAGGGCGCCUUCGGGGCCAAGGGCGUCUUCGGCGGCGCCGGAGGCGGAGGUGGCAAGGGGUUCCCCAGGACGCCCGGAGCGCUCACGGGCACCGUCCGCUACGAGAAUCCUUAUUCUGCGCAGAUGGCUGUGGCGCAGCUGAACGGCAUCUUCGUCAACGGCGCGCAGCUCCAAGUCGACAAGGACUGGAACUCGCAGGACGGAACCAAGCUCUGGGUGGGCGGCAUACCCCCCGGAACCGGCUGGCAGGACUUGAAGGACAGGCUUCACUUUCUGUACUCCGUCCUCCGAGACGUUGUGGCCUUCAGCUCUCCGGCCCGCGAGCCGGUCUGCCAUUGUCAUUUUGAGGGGAAUCAGUGCGAGCCUCUUUCGGACACGGGCUGCAGGCACAUCGAGCGCAUUCUGACACGACAGUUGGAAUCAGUCCAGAGCCAGCUCAGUGCAUCGGUGACGGUGACGUUCUGCAUCAGCCUCGCAUUCAGUUUCAGCUUGGUCUGUUUCUUGGCCGGGCUUCUCGUGGGUGACUUGCAGAUCCUGGACACCGCCACGGUCAGGUUCGAGCCGCUGGCUCGGGGCAGACCUGUGCCAGAGAGGUGUCGGAACGACUGCUUCCUUUUCGACCCGAUCCCUGUUAGGGAGCUCAGCGAGGCCAUCGCGCGUGCGAAGGUGCUGGCCGACAUCGCUGGGGAAGACAUCGAGGUGGACGACGCCGAGGUCUGGGUGGUCUCUGACACGUCCCACCCGCGGUUCGGGGAGCAGGUCGAGCCUGGCAUCUUGGACGACGCUGGGCGGGCCCUGCUCCGGGACACCAAGGGGGUGGUGCAGCUUGACGCCAACGACGCCUCGACGGAGGUGCACGUGGAGCGCGUCAACCAGAACGACCUGGCGGACUGGAAGAGUCGGGUCGGCGGUGGAGGCGACCUGCGACUCCUCGGCACCUUCCGCACGGCAGGGGGCAAGCGCUUCCUCCAGGCGAAGGACGCAGUCGCCAAGCUCGAGGAGACUAAGUUCGACGACUUCCCGUUUGCUGACCCGCGUGCGGUCAAAGAGUACCUGGGCGGGAUCCUGGAGACCACCGAUGGCUCGUUCGACAGCUACCAUCAGAACUGGUGCGUGGCGGCCGGGGUCUCGCCCAACAGUGGGAUCGCGCAUGACCAUCGCAUCAUCCUGGAGGCGCUGCGCUUGGGGCUCACCUAUGACCAGUACAACCUGGCAAACUCUGCCAUGGGCGAGCAGCUCGUCAGGAGGCUCAUCCAGCAUGAGCUCGCGGUGGAGAAAGACGCGAAGCACCCCGACUACAGCGGGCUCGGCUACAUGUUGGCGGGCUCGACUGAGGACAAGGGGCGCGUGGCCGUUCCCAAGUUCACCAGGUGGAUCGCCGAGAAGCAGCACCAGCGGGCUUUUACCCUCAAGCAGUCGCGUCUACUUCGGGAGGAGCGGGCUGCCGAGGACAAGAGGCGCGGCGGCGGCCAGAAAGGUUUCAAGGGCGCCUCCAAGGGGAACAAGGGCGACGCCGCCGACGGCGGCAAGGGAGGGCAGGGCUAG